CUAAAGUAGGCGACGCCCUUAUAUAUACACACAUGGAACAUCACACACCACUCCCAAAUCAGCUCCUUCACUACUUUUACAUCACUCACUAUACCACUACAUCUCACAAAUUCAAUUACUAGAAAAUACACGCCGGCCGGCCGGACCGCCGGAUUAUAUAUAUGGAACCAAGCAAUUUUCCGGUGAUAUCGAAAAAGUUUUGGAGAUUCGUGAUGACAGCUCUGCUGAUGCUAAAGAAGGGCAUGGCCCUGUCCAAGACCAAGCUCAUGCUUGAUCUCAGCCUCUUAAUGCAGCGCGGAAAGCUCGCCGGAAAAGCCGCCAUCCACAGCCUCAUGCUCAUCCACCACUCCCGUCACCACCUCAAUCUCUCCUCCUCCGCCGCCGUUCAGCUUCCCGAGGAGUACUACGAGUUCAGCUGCAGCAAUAGCCCCGCGUACCACGGCGGCGGUGGUGGCUUCCACCUCCCUUUCCCGCUCGGCAAGAAGAGCAAGAACCGCCACGCCGCCGCCACUUUCGAAGAUAUUGUUGCGGCCAACGCCGUCGUUAAGGCUCUUGAAAUCCUUCACACGGAGACUCCGUCGCCGGCUCUUCCCGGGUUCGGCAGGACUCCGGUGGUGCGGCAGCUGAGGAUCACCGACUCACCGUUUCCGGUGAAGGAUGGGGACGAGAGCGGCGGGCAAGUUGAUAGAGCCGCCGAGGAUUUCAUUUCGCAAUUCUACAGGUCCUUGAGGCGACAAUCCAAUGAUGAUUAAAAUAAAAUUCUUUUCCACCGAGUUUAAUUUGUAUUUACCCAUAAGGGAGAUUUACGAUUUUUGGCUCCUAAUUACUUUUGACUACGCCUAUUUUUGAUUCGGUAAUUUUAUUCGCUUGGGUAAUUUGUCUUGUAAUUAUUCGGUAGUAGAUUUAUAUACUCGCAACUUAAAAAUCUUUCCACUUUCCUUUUUCGUCCG